CCGUACCAUUAACAUAAAUCUAUAAAUUAUUAAAAAAAAAAAGGAAAAAAAAAGAAAAAAGAACGUACGAGUUAAAAAUAACCUCAUCAAACUUAUCCGCUAAAUAAAAUUACUGUCUCGCGAACAAUAACACGAUCUAACAAACUUGGAUUAAAAUAACAGAAAAAGGAAAAACAAACAAACAUAAAAAAAAAAUAAAUCAAGAAUCAAAAUCAAGAAUACUUUCUUCUAUAGAAACUUGUUAAAAAAAAAAAAAAAAAAAAAAAAAAGAGAGAGAGAGAGAGAAAGAGAGAGAAAAGGGAAUGGCAAAAAAGAUUCCAAUUCCACUUCAAAUCCAAAUCCAAAUCCAAAUUAAAAAACAAAAAAGAAAGAAAAUAAAAAAAAUGAGAUCGCGGAAAGAUGAACACACUUAUCCUUCGUGGAGACAAAGACCUGAAUAAAAGUUCUGGAGAUCAAAGUCGAUGGCAUUGGUAGGUAGGGAUAAAACGGUGACGGGUGUAUAGAAGGUAGUGAAUGGUGGUGGUAAAUAGUGGUAGUGGUAUAGUGAAGUGAAACGUAGUGGUGAUGGUGAUAGGUGGUGGGUGGACGAUGGUGGUGGUAACGACGAAGGUAACAGUGAUGUGAUAGUGGAGGUGAUAGUGGAAGUAGAGGAGGUGGUGGUGACGAUGGUGAUGGAGGUUAUGGUGGUGGCGAUGGUGAUUGUGGUGGUGGUGGUGGUGGAUACUGAGCGAAAGGGAAAACGUCGGCACACAUUGUCGACUUGUAGUGGUCUUUCCUUCUUCUUCUUCUUCUUCUAUUUUUUUUUUCCUUUCCUCCUUUUCUUUUUCUCCUUUUUCUUUCUUUUUUUUUCCCCUCCAUUUUGCACCGAGGAUUUUUGACACGGAGAGUCGUUCGAUCGACUUCCACUUGUCUACGAGCAUUCGGUAACGACGAACGUUCGAACGUAGCGUUUCUACGAGCACGCGCGCGCGUACACACAUAAAUAACCAUAGAUACGUAGUACGGAACACAUAUACAUAUAUACACGUACGAGAAAGAGUGAGAUCGAAGAUGAUAAUACACGUGUGCGUAAAUAAGACUUAAUCGAGGACAUCAUCGUUCUUUUUAUUUUCUUUUCCAAGUACAAACAUUUUCUACGCGUACGUUUUUCCUCUCUUUUCUUUUUUUUUCUUUUUUUCUUUCUUUUUUUCUCUUUUUUUUUUCUUUUUCUUGUCUUUUUUUUCUUCGGCCGAAGCAACGUUUGAAAAGUCCGCGCGAAAUUUUAACGAAAUUAUCUAUCUCUCUCUCUCUCUGUCUGUCUGUCGUCUAUCUAUCUUGUUUUUAAAGUGAACGAGUCGAUUAUUAAUUAUUCUUCUUCGAGUUUUACGUUGAACGUCGAUUAUAUAUCGUAAUUAAUCGAAAUAUAUAAAUACGUACGUACGUAUAAAAUAUAUCUACGUACGUUCGUGAGUUUUUUUACGGAUAUAUAAAAAAUAAAGAAGAGAAGGAAAGACAAAAAGAAUUAGAAAGAAAGAAAGAAAGAAAGAAAAAAAAAGAGAAAGAGAAAGAGAGAAGAAAGAAGAAAGAAGAAAUCAGUGAAAACACUUGUUCGUAUUAACUGAAAUGAAACAUUGGAUCGGACGGAAGUACUGAGAAGCUGCAAGAAUGGAGCGGAGGUCAUCGUGGUGCACGAUAGCAAUACUAUUCGUGUUGCUAUUCGUAACGAGCGAGGCUCUGCGUGGACACAAUUCUCAGGUCGACGAGAAGCAGAGAUCGCAAACGUCGGUCAAUCGAGGUAGGACAAAAUUCGAUAUUAACAAAUCAUUGGACAAUUACGAGACUACGAUCGGACCGUCUGGAUCACGUUCGCGUUUGGAUCGUGAUAGAAAUACGGAAACGCGUAUUUCUAGAGUACCAAAUAAUAAGAAGAACGAUAAAACAUUCUCGAGAAAUGCGAACGUCGUUAAGGAAACUUCUUUUGGAUCGAGAGAUCGUGAAAGAACGGCGAUCACCGAGAGAACGAUUAAUCCGGAUAAAACAUCGAAUUUAUCCGAGAAGAAAGAAGAAACAACGAUUAGAAGAAACGAGAGAAGAUAUUUGCCAGAGAAGGAUGAGAAAAAGAUCGGACGUAGAAUCGAUCAGGAGACGACGUUGGAGUCACCGACAACGACAAUGACAACGAUGAUGACAACAAGGUCAAGAUCAAGGUCAAGAAAGGAGAACAAUAAUGCGUCAAGAAGAGUCUCUUCGAGAGGUGGAUCGAUUAGGAAGGCAAACGCACAGUAUUUGGAGGUUAACACAGGACCCUCGGUAUUUUCUGGUACGACAGAAAAUUCAAGGUCAAGGACUGGAAGAAAGAUAAAUCCGAAUUAUAACAACGAGAAGGAAUCGAGAAAGAAAUUAUCGUCGAUUAAUAGAAGAUACAAUACGGAUGUUUCGAGGAAUAAUACUUCGAGAAAAAAUGGCGCUAAUUCGAGAGGAUCUAGGAAGGAUACAGAUCUAUCGAAGAGGACUACAGAAAAAUCGAUGCAUCUUACGGAAUCCGAAAGUGUAAGAGUCGAUAUCCCAUUGACAUUGGCAACUACGGAUUAUCCAAAAUUGACAACGGUCAACAACAACGUCGAUCCCAUUGACGAUCAUCCAACGUCGUCUAGAUCAUCCUCUAGAAACAUCGAAAGACGUAACGACGAUCGCGAUUACGUUAGAUCGAACAUCAACGAAUCGAGAAAUUUGGAUAGAACGAAAACGCGAAGAACGUCCACGAACACCGAGGAUUCUUAUUAUUCGACGACUCAACGAUCUACGAUCAAUCAAAGAAGAGGAUCCUCGAAAUUCGUCGAUUUCGCUGUAAGCGAUACUCCAAUCGAUAUUUCGACGAUUCCUGUAAAGAAGAAUGAUAGAAACGAUGUUAGAAGAAGAAGUACCGAUCGUACGAGAAAUUUUGAUAGAAAAACGUCGGCUAAAGAUUUUGCGAUUAACGAAUCGAGUAAUUCAAGAUCGAGAGGUAGAUCGUUGGAUAUCGUGUCGAGAUCUGUCCCAAGUGGAUCAUCCAUCUUGCAAACGGAUGUAAAACGUAGAUCGUCUAUCGAUAGGAGCAAUAAUAAAAAUCCAGAGAUUCGAUCGAGAUCGAUAGAUAAUAUACAGGAUCAGGAUAAUCGUGGACGUUUGAAAGGAAGGAUUAGAAAUGAAUCGACUACUACGAAAUUUAUUGAUCCAUCGAUCGAAACGACCACAUCGAUGUCGGAUCAAUCGACGAACUUACCAAUCUCUGAUACAACGAUCACAACGAUGAGAACCAUUGGACAACGUACGAUCACCGACGAUCCAUCGUCGUCUCGUGUUAGAUCAAGAACUAGAAACGUUUCUCAAGCUAGAAAUAAUACGAGGGAGGAUUAUUUUAAUUACGGAUUAGGAUUUCGAGGUAGAAAAUUUCCAACGAGCGAUGAUAUGAUAACUACUAGCACGUUUAAACCAUCGAGAUUAUCUUCAGCGAGUCAAACAAACCGUGGUGGUAAUCCUGGUUGGACACUUUUUCGAAGGAGACCCGACGUAUCAUCGAUUUCUACAACCGAGAAGGAACGUAUCAAUGAAAUAGCAAUGAACGAUGAUCGAACGAUAAGCAACGAAUCGAUUACAGCUACGAGAAAUCGUGGAUCGAAGAAAUCCAAGAUCGAUGAUCCUACAACUUCUACGGUGUCUAGUACUACAACGAAAAAUUUCAAUUCGAAAAGAAGAGGCAACAAGAAUCAAUUCGACAAGAAUACAACAAAUAUGGAUAAAGUUUCUGAUUCGGAGGAGAGCGAUAAUUAUCCUCCAGAUUUCAAAGCGAGAUUGUCACAAUUGAAAAAUUCUAAUCUGAAAAUACCUGUUGUUAAGAGUACACCAAGAACGAGUACGGAGGGCAAAAAAACGUCCGGCGUUUUGUUCUCGGAAAGAUCAAGAAUGAAAUUGGAAUUAGCUAGGAGAUUGGUUAAGCCUGAAUUGAACGAACAAGAAAAUGUUUUGGACUCGACAGGGAAAUCUAGAACGACAACCGACGCGUCGGUUAUCGAAGAAAUGAAUAAGAUCGGUAAAUUGGACAAAGUUACAACUAGGAGCAGCCGUUUGGAGGAUGAUAGGAAAUCGGAGAAGAUUCUUAACGUUAAACAAGAUCAAACGGGUGAUAGUUCUGAUCAAGAGUCUUGGAAAUCUCGUCAGAAAAAGGGUAGAGUUGUUUCCGAGAGAACGGUGACCUCGAUAUCGGUUGACGAAGACACGUCGAAUUACGUUGUUGAGACAGUGACCAAAGUUACGGAGGAAGUGUCCUCGAUGAUGAUCGAUGGAUCGAUAUUGAAAGACUCGUCGAUCCGUAAAUCGAAAUCUCCAGAUUUAGCGACUACCGAGACAACCAAAUUAGGGAAAGGUUUUAACGUGACACCAAGAAUUACGAUAAAGGGAUCGAAGUCUAAAAAUUUGUUAACAAGACGUAAUAAAUCUUUCGCCGAAAGGGACACCAACGAUGGUGACGUUGAUGAUACACGUAAAGAGGAUGAUCCAAAUAGGAUUAAUAGUUCAACGUCAGUCACAUCGACGAUCUUAUCGAAAAAGAAACAAUCAUCGUCGGAGAUCGAAGAAAAGGAGAAGAAGGAGAAGGAGAAGGAGGAGGAGGAGGAGGAGGAGGAUGGUCGAACGAAGAAGAAGCAACCGAGAAUGUUGAACAGUGUUACCAAGGCUAACUUUAAUGAUCGUUAUUCGAAAAAAUUUAGGGAGAGGAUUAACAUUGUCGAUGGGAAUGAGAUACCACGGCAAACAACGUCAAGGACAACUAUGGUUACUAAUAGAUAUAGUAGGAAGAAGAUCGAUAGUUUGAGACCUUACGAUAAAAUUUCGAAAAGUGUUACGACGGUAACAUCGACCCAAUCAUCAUCAUCGUCAUCGUCAUCAUCGUCGUCAUCGUCCUCAUCAAAAAGACGAGAGUUCAGACCAAGAACGGCUACGUAUCGUAGACAUUCCGAAUUACCAACUACUACUUUGCUCAUACAAACGACAAACAAGGUCGACAAUACGCAGGGUGUUGCGAUCACCCCUAAAACGCCCAAGUAUCACGCGACCUUGAAAAGUUCAACGCCGAUCGAAACUCGAUCGAUACCGCAGGAGCCGCAAGUUAGCGUUAGGAUAACCAACGAUACCAAUCCAAUUGAUACUGGUAUUACCGACAGCAGCAAUGGGAAUACUGGUACAACAAGUAACAUCUUCAAUCCAACAAGAAGUGCCUUUCUAAGUGGUAACAGUACUCUACUGCAACAACUACGCAGCACCGUAGCGCCACUUCUCAGCUCUCUGGGUAACAGGACACCUAUAUUUGCUGAGUCUUACAGUAACGUUAACAACGGAAGCUCUACACCUAGAAUCACACCAAACGGAUCACCACCAAGAUUCAGUGCUAGGUACAAAGGAGCUGAAUUGUUUGUUAGAAAGCCAACAGGUUAUCAACCGACUGUACCAUCGAUCACUAGCUCUUCGACAACUCAAAUAACUCCGAUAGAGAACAUUGGUUCGGUACUACCACCGCCUAUUGAUAUUUCCAGUCCUGGAGAGCCCAAAUUUUUAACAUACUAUCAAGCAUUGGAAUCGGCUAGCGUCCGAAACGAGCAAGGGGAUUUUCAACAACAGCAACAACUUAAUGACACUGUAACACAGGUAGACUCUAACAACGCAACUAACGGCACCAAUGGCACCAACGCCAAUUCUAACAAUGACACGAGUCCCAACUUAGAGAUCGCGAGCCCACAGACCCCAGACAAUACCACGACCCAACCGGAUAAUCUAUCGAAUGAAAACAUAAACCAGGACACGGAGAAUCCCACUGUUACUACGGAUGGUUUACCCGAGUCAUUAAAUGUGUCCAUGACCGUUGAACCCACAGAGUCUUUGUCCACCAUUACAGAUUCGAUGAUAGAAACUAACAUGACAACCUCUACCGAUUUGUCUACGAGCGUUGGUGUUGUUGAGGAUACGUCAACGACACAGGAAAGUCCAGUUAGUACAGAUCUAAUGGAUACUGUGUCUUCUACCCCCGUUAUUAUGGACAGUUUGUCUUCUACUACUACAAUGGAACCUAGUACUAUGAUAGUGACCCCUAUGAACGAUGUUAUUACAACUACUGUAACCCAGUCGUCAGAUUUGACCGGAACAAUGAGUUCCACUUCAGAUUUAUCUAGUACCAUGGAGUCUACUACUACCAUGGCGAUGACGAGUGAAUCAUCGAGUGAGAAUCGUUCGUUAGAUUUAUUAGGUACUACAGAAAUGUCCAAUAACGUUGAUACGGUAUCAACUAGUACCACACAAAACGUUGAAAGUUCUUCGAUUGCGUUGGACACCACAACUAUCGUCACUACCGAAUCGACAACUUCGCAAACAUCAUCUACCAUGUCUACGACUAAUGUCUCUCCCAUUGAAACAUCCACCGAAAGUAUCGAGAGUAACACGAUAGAGCAAUCUGAUGUAAUUUCGAGUAGCAGCGAAUCGAAUGAUCAAACAUCGACGAUAAGAAUAACGACGACUGAUCUACCAAUAGUAACAACUUUCCGAACGAAAUUGAUAGACUUUGCUCAAGAUAUCUUAUCACGUUUGCAAAGUGCUAUAGCAGGAACAACCUUGUCACCUAUUUUAACAACGACUCCAGCUACAACGACUCCAGCUGAAACAACCAUGUCGUCUGUUUUAACGACUACUUCGGCCGAAACAACCUUAUCACCUGCUUUAACAACGGCUCCAGGUGCAACAACAGUCGAGACACCAACUUCAACGCUCGAUCAGUCGAAUGCCAGUUUGAAUAAUCAAGUUGAGAGUACCACGACGAUGGGAGACGUCGUUCAGCAACAAGAGUUUACUACAGUUUCUGACGAUGUCACAUCUUCGAGAGAUGUCCAAUCAGAAUUAAGAGAGACUACUACAGCCACACCUUUAUCGAUGGAUGUGUCUACUCAAGAAGCAGUAGGUUUCACCGAUUCAGAGACAAAUACCCUGGACAAUGUUGAAACUAGUUCUACUACAGAUUCGAGCACAACAGCUAACGCUGAAAGCUCUGAUUUAACAUUGGACGUAGAAUCGCUAACUCAAAGUCAAACGUCGAUAAGCCCUGAGAAUGAAUCCAGUGUAAAUAUUACCCCAGAGAGCCCCAUUAAUACAACAACAGAAAUGACUACUACUUUAUCGUCAACGAACUUGCAAGAUUCUACCGUAGAAAGCAUUAUUAGCAAUGACCUUAAUGAUACCUUACUCACAGAAUUAAUGACAAUCGCGAAGUCCCUGUUUUCGGAAGCCAUGAACGAUACUUCCGUUCAAACUAUAUUGGACAAUAUUUCCAGCACAAUCGAUUUGGAAAGAAAUAUGCAAGAUAUUGAAAAUAAUUCGACUACUGAUUCUAGUACAACAGUGAAUAAUACUGACGACGGUUUCCUUAAUGAUAGUACAACGGAGAACGUACAAGAGUUUUCUACCGAAGUUCCAUCGGAACAGGUAGAGACAGCACCGAUCAGUUCAGAACCUGAAGAAGAUACUACUUUAACAGUCGAUCUAUCUGAAAAUAAGAUAGAAUCAACUCCCAUAAGUCCAACAACGAUUACUAAUACCGAAAUUCUGGACGAUAGUUUAGCCCUUAACGUAACUCAGAACGAAAUGGAAUUCGUUCGGACAAAUGAUACGACAAGUUUCGAAUUAGGAACGACGUUAGAAAAUUUAGAGACUAUUACUGCCACUGAAUCCACCGAGAACGAUAUAGGAACUGUCGCGAAUGAAGAUUUUGAGAAUAUAACUGAGAGUUCUACGAGUAUUACGCAGGAAAGAGAAACGACGACAGUUUCUACUGCUGAUAUUGAAUUGACGACGCUCAGUUAUGAUUUUCAAUCGACUACGGCCCAGACCCAGAUAACUACCCCUGUAGAAAGUAUAGAUAUAUCGAUCUCAUCUACCCCAAGUAUGGUAACAGAAUCAUUGACAACCAGCACUGUGGUAAACGACGAUCAAUCGCCGAUAACGACUCCUUUAAAUAUUGAUAGUCAGACAACUGUUAGCCCAACAGAAACAACAUUAUCGUCCGAAAACUUCGAACUUUUGACCCAGUCGAGUGUAACGAACGAUAGCAGUAAUAGUACUAAUCUCGUUUCAACCGAGCCCAUGUCAACCGCUACAGUAACAGAGCCCACAGCUACAACGGAAUUGGUAGCUAAUAAUGAUGAUAUCGUAACGAGCCAAUCCCCUGAAAUAAUUAUUACCGAAAACAUAACAACAGAACCGGCUCUUGAUCAAUCGAUCGAUAUCGACAGAACUAACCAAACAGUUGAAAUGACCUCGACGGAAUUGAUUGUUAACGAUGCAGAGGUAACCACUAACUCACCCUUACUAACAAACGAUACAGAUUUGUUGGAUUUAACGAAUAUUACUGGGACUACCAUCACUAACCAGGCAAUCGAAACAACCACAACGAUAAUGCUCACAGACCCCCCAUCAUCGCCCACUGACUUCAUGAACACCAUUCCAACUGAUAUUGACCGUUUGCAGGAUGCUACGCCAACAACUGCCCAAGGGACGGCAGCCUCAGGAACAAUGCAAUUCGAUCAAACGAACGAUACCACCAUCAUUCCUACCACCACCACCAUCAUCACAGAGUCUCCAACAGCAACAACGUCAGACUCUUCCAAUUCCUUGAUCACUGAAUCCUCUCCAUCUGGCACAUCGACUUCCAUUGAUACGACGACGUUAAUCACGACAACGACGACGACGACGAUGACAACGACGACGGAAACGAUGACGACCACGACGACACCGUCAUCUUCAAUUACCAAUCGUCCACCUGAUACUACUACCACUGCAAUCGAGACUACCGAAGAUAACGUUGAUAUAAAUGAUAAUCUGAUAUCCACCGAAGCAUCAACGAGCAUGCCAACAUCUACUACAUCGUCGUCGGAAACUUCCGAUUCGAUAUCCAGAAUGGAUACGAAUAUCCAAACAACGAUGACGGAUUCAACCACAGAAACAACACCAACCACAGCACCGGGUUCAACCUCUACGACUACCAUUACCAUGCCAACCACUAUCUCUCAGACUAUACCGAGCAUGCCUGCAUUUUCAUCAGUUCAAACUCCGGUUACCACUCAGACUAGUUUCACGACACCGUAUUUGGGUCGAUUCGGUGGUAGCAGGCUAACUCCAGCACCUAGAUUUAGUCCUAGCUCGUCGACCAAAGUUCCAUUAAGGGAUUAUCACGUAUACGGGAUAUAUCCUAAUAAAACGAUCGUCAGGAAACGCCCAGAGGAUAAUCUAAUCGAUGCUAGAAACGUUGACAGCCCAUACGUCAUUUUUGGUAUCUACCCUGAUGGCAGAUUGGUCCGGAAGUUCCCAAAUGGCACGAUCAUACCAGAUCCACCAAGCAAUCCGGUUGAGGUUGUCUUUUCUCUUAGCACUACAACUACCACUAACAGGCCACAACCCGUGUUCUUUUAUAACCAGGCUAACCAAGGCACUUUUAAUCAAUAUCAAGCCCCGAACUACUAUAAUAAUCGUAGACCCGUCGGCAACCCGAUGACAAAUGGUCAAAACUUUGGCACCGUUGAUUUGGGACUUACUGGUAACGCGAUCGCCGGAUCAAACGGAGGUGGAGCCGAUUUCUUGGGCCCACUUGGUACCCCUGGUAGCCUCGCGACCACAAAUACAAUGGGAUCUCGACUAAAUGGUAUUAGCGGGGCCGGUCGUAUCGUUCAAGAUCGACAAAGGGAUGAAGCUAGUAGAUCUAGGCAAUCUGGAGAUCAACGUAAUUCGGUUUACAUUGGACAGGAUAGGUUCGUUAAUUAUUGGACUAAUGGUUCACCAAACACCAAUCCACGUGUUGUCAGUGUCAACAUAAAUUCAGUUGCAAGUGCAGCGAACGAAGGACCAGCAUCGACUUCAGGAAUGGUACAAUCCUUUGACAAUUUGUUGAACGACCAAUCUAAUGGUGGUCAGAUAACAGCACCUCCAGGAUUCCCAUGGAGAGAUCCUUUAGAUCAGAUAUUUGGAAUUACAACUAAUUCCCCAGUAAUAACAGCAUCGAUCGCAUCGAACACUUUGGACGACUCCAGCGAAGGUAAUCCAAUGUUCGAUGCACGUCCUGUAAGUCCAUUCGUAGAAGUUUUUACACCAGCUUCUGGUAUCGUGUCUUCUUCUAUCACCGCUGCAAUGUCUACUACCACAACUGCACCAACAGCAAGUACUGUCACUACAACUACGCCAACUCCAAUUACAACUACUACUACAACUACACCAGCUCCAACAACGACAACACCAGCUCCAACUACAACAACAACAACAACAACAACGACAACACCAGCUCCAAUAACAACAACAACGACGACAACAUCAGCUCCAACAACGACGACGACGACGACAGCUCCAACAACAACUACACUAGCUCCAACAACAACUACAUCAGCUCCAACAACAACCACAGCAGCUCCAACAACAACUACAACUACACCAGCUCCAACGACACAGGCUUCAACCUCAACAACUUCAUUGAAAACGACACCAUUCGGAUUAUCCAAUGAUAUUCCAUUAAAUAUGCGAACACAAAACGCAUUUGGUACGACAUUCGACGAUCUCGCAUUUUUGAACUCGCUUUUACAGCCUAACGAUGCCCCAACUACGCAAAAAACUCUGAACGAAGUGGAAAAGAUUUUAGCCAAUAAGAUCCUAUCUCUUGCCUUGGGUAAUGCUGGACCUACACGUUCACCAAAAGCUAUUCAAUUAGCCAAUGCAUCCCCAAAUUCACUACAAGUCUCGUCGUCGUCAUCCGCACCUAUAAUCAUCGACUUGUUACCAUCCACCACUAUGAAACCUUCAACGAUCGCUUCCACGUCAACUUCAAGAUCAAUUAAAACUACCACCGAAUCUGGAAUUAAUCGGAAAGUACCUGUUAAAAUCGCAGAUCUAUCAGCCAGUGCACAAACUCAUAGCGCUUCUGUGUCCACUACGACCAAAGAACCUAUCGUUGUCACGGCAAAGUCUAUUACAGCGAAACCUAAGAGCACAACAGUUCCACCGGUUCAAGGUCUUGGUGCAAGCUUGUUGCAAGCGCUCUUCGGUGGUAACUUUUUUGGGCCCACUACCACAGCCAAACCCGUGACUAAAAUUACGACUAAUAAACCGAAAACAAAAACAACACCGAGAAUCGUCGAGAUCACUCAAAGGCCAGUCUCAACGACCCAAUCUUCUGUAACAUCUAGAUCUGUCAAUGUCUCUGAGAUUGUAAUUAACACCGUGAAAGAAACAACGAUUCCAAAACCUAGCACGACGACAAAACCGAUCAGUACGACAACGACGCAACGUGCAUUAUUGAACAAUCCAAAUCCUAGAUUACCUAACGUUGUUAGCUCAACUUAUUCGCCCGAGGACGAUGCCAAGUUCUUAUCAGCUUUGUUCAACGCGAUUCAAGAAUCAAAUACGAAGAAACCUGUUACACCUGUUCCAACGUCGAUCGAAGACGACGAAGCUUUCUUGAGAGCGAUACUAUCCGGUCAAGCUAAACUUCCCUUAGUCAAAAGUACGUCCUCUCCUGAAAUCAACAACGCGGCUCUUUUAGCAGCCCUUUUGAAGGCUCAGGGUAUCGAACCUUCGACACCAGCUACAAAUAUUCGACAACAGUUACAAUUAGCUAGCUUAAACAACAAUCUCGUUUCGCUUCCACCGACAACCACGAGUACAUCUAGACCUUAUUCUACAUCAACGAGUACUACUUCAAGGCCAAUUACGAGUACCACGAUGACGACGAGAAGACCAACGACUUCAAGGCCAAGGCCUCAAACGACCACGUGGUCACCUAGCUCGACUUAUCCACCACCAUUGUUCAGUGGGUUCUCUAAUUUUGGUAAUCCAGUUCAAGAAUCACAAAAAGAUAAUGACGGAUUAGCUGGAGAUGGUGUUAGAAAUCAGGUUGUGAACGUUGCCCUUGGUGCUACCAGAGCGUUCAGUCAGUUCCUCGGUGCUGCCAUUACGGGCGCAGCACAACAGUUGCAGUCUUUCGUAAGAAACGGCACCAGAAUCGUUUCGGAGGUCGUUGGAUAGGAGUAAAACGAAUGAAAAAUUCCCUAUAGAUAUAUCAUCGAUCGAAAAGAAUAUUCGCAAUUAGAUCUAUGACCAAAUGAUCUACGAUCGAAUGAAAUAGAUCGAAUGUUUUAGAUUCUCCGGUUAACGCGAGAGAAAUUUAUUCGACGAUAGUUCUACGAUUAUGAACGAUAAAAUAUUUAUAUUUUAUUUACUUAACUUAAUAUCAUUGGCAACGUUAAUCGUCUCCUCUCUGUUAGUAAUUUUUCGUACUUCUUUCUUUUUUUCUUUUUUUAUUUUUUUACAAAAGAAAAAAAGAGAAGGAGAGAGAAAGAAAGGAUUGACGAGAGCUUCGCUUCAUUUUUUUCCUUCUCUCUGUCUUUUUUUUUUUUUUUUAAUUUAUUUUCUCUUUUUUUUUUUUUAAUCUAGUUUUUCUUUUUUCUCUUUCCUCGUUCCACGCUCCAAUUUCCUUCAAUUUUUUUUUCUUCUUUUUUUCGAAUAGAAGGACGAUGUAAGAAACAGAAAAAGAAAGAGAGAGAAAGAGAACAAGAAAGAAGAGAAUAAAAAGAAAAGAAAUGAGGAAAGAAAAGAAAAAGAACAACAAUGAUGAUAAUGAUGAUAUAAUAAUAUAUUAAUAAAAUAAUAUAAUAUAAUAUAAUAAUAGUAAUAGUAAUAGUAAUAGUAAUAGUAAUAAUAAUAAUAAUAAUAAUAAUAAUAAUAAUAAUAAUAAUAAUAAUCGGAUAAGAUAAUGAAGAUAGUGAAACGACGCUUUGCAAAUGUUUCUAGGGUAAGGCCCAUCAUUUCUCUUUAGGCCCUUUUUCAUCAUCCCUUUUGGCUUUUAAUUUAUCUAUAAGAAUAGAGUACGGGCGUGCAUGUACCGUUUGAGACAUUUGUAACGUUCGUCGUAAUUAACGUAAUUAAUCGCAAGGGUCGCGUCUCGUCACGAGAGAGAGAGAGAGUGAGAGAGAGAAAGAGAAAACGAAAGAGAGAGAGAGAGAGAGAAAGAGGGAGAGGUAGUAAAAGAGAGAAAGAGAGAGAGAAAGAUGGAUGAAGAAAGACGAGACGAUUCGCGACGCGAGCUUUGUACUUAGCUCGAAGCUGAGGGCCACACACGAAGGUCGAAUUAAAGACGACUAUGUACGUUGUUGAUGCUUGCUGAGAGAGAUAGAAAUAGAUAGAUAGAUAGAUAGAUAGAUAGAUAGAGAGACAGAUAGAGAGAGAGAGAAAGAGAGAGAGAUAUGGUGGUAAUUUAAGAUACAUUUAAGAGUAAGAAAAAGAGAGUGAGAUAUACAGGUAAAUAAAAAGAGAGAAAGUAUGUGUGUGAAAGAGAGAGAGAGAGAGAGAGAGAGAGAGAGAAUGAAUGAAUGAAUGAAUGAAUGAAUGAAUGAAUGAAUGAAUGAAUGAGAGUGAGAAACUAUGAGAGAGAAAGAGAGAGAGAGAAAGAGGAUGUGAAAAUGUCACCAGCAUAUAUUUUCUUGUUCACUUCUCUCUCUCUCUCUCUCUCUCUCUCUCUCUCUCUCUCUCUCUCUCUCUCUCUCUCUCUCUCUCUCUCUCUCUGUCUCAUUUAUUUGCCUUAAAUUUUGUUUCCUCUUCUUUAAUUUUAUUACAUGUUAUUUUUCUUCUUCGUUCUUUUUAUCAGUUCUUUCUUGUCGCUUUUUGUACAGUACAACCGUGAACCCUUGGACGAGGACACGUGUUCUUUUUUAUUUUUUAUUUUUUUUGUUCGUUUGUUCGUUUUUCUUUUUUUCUUUUUAUGUUCCUUUUUCUUUUUUCUUUUUUUUUUCUGUACAAUAAAGCUGGUAACAUUUCUUA